AUGUUUUGUGAAGGAAGUGAAGGAUAUCUCCAGAACCAGGAUAUACCGUAUUGGGUUAAGGGUGGAUGCAAAGAAGAUGGACUAGGAAAGGAAUCUACGAGUGGAGUUACCUUGCAGAUGGAUAAAGGAACAACAACGACGGCUUUUAUAGUUAAGGAAGGAAUGGUUGUAGCAGUAGAUUCGCGAGCUACAGCUGGGUCUUAUAUUGCUUCGCAAACAGUUAAUAAGGUCAUUGAGGUAAACAAGUACUUGUUAGGUACAAUGGCUGGAGGUGCUGCUGACUGUUACUAUUGGGAGCGAAUGAUGGGAAGGUAUGCUCAGAGUUAUGAGUUGCAUUAUGGUGAGAGAAUUACUGCGGGUGCGGCUGCUCGGCAUUUAUCUACUUUAAUGUACCAGUAUAAAGGGAAGGGGUUAUCAUUAGGAACAAUGGUUUGUGGCUGGGAUACUAAAGGGCCUGGAUUGUACUAUGUGGAUAAUGAAGCCAACUAUGUGAGUGGUAAGUUGUUCUCUGUAGGCAGUGGGUCUUUGUUUGCCUACGGAGUGCUAAAUGCUGAGUACCGAGAAGACCUUUCCCGGGAAGAGGCUUUAGAACUAGGCAAGCGAGCGAUAUUCCAUGCAGGACAUCGAGAUGCUUACUCAGGUGGCGUAGUUAACUUGUACUUUAUUGACCAGGAAGGAUGGCAAAAGGUCGGAUCUUACGACAUCUCAGCCCUAUACCACGAAUACAUGGAGCAAUAA